AUGUACGGCAAUUGGGCAUCGCGCCGCCUCUGUGCAAUCUCUCAGCUAUGCUCGCUCACAGAUGUGAAAUGCAUGGACACCUGCACAAACCCAGAACUCGAGGCGAAGAUUGCACCAUGCGUGGAACAGAAAUGUACAGUCAGGGAAUCUUUGACGACGCAGCGGAUAUCUGAUUUAAAAUGUGGACGCCCAAUCCGAGACCGCACUAAGGUGGUAUCUAUUGCUGGUGUGGUUGGGGGUGGUGUUGCGUUUUUGGCGUUCAUUUUGCGAAUGAUGGCAAGAUUGCCGUUUUUCAAUGGCGGGCCAUUUGGUAUGGACGAUGUGAUGAUAAUUGUAGCAAUGAUCUACUAUUGGGACGAGUGGAUUUACUUCUCGGCUAUCGUUCCGACAAAAAUGUCCCUUCACUUCUUCUAUCUUCGCAUAUUCCCAAAAAAGAGUUUCAGGAUAGCAAUAUAUAUCGUGAUGGGUAUCACUCUGGCAUACGGCAUCGUGUUCAUCCUCGUAUCCGUAUUCCAGUGCUCUCCUAUCAAAACCGCAUGGCUCCGGUGGGAUGGCACUGCGCCAGGCCACUGCAAUAAUAUCAACUUGCAGGGCUGGACAAGUGCGGCGAUCAAUAUUGUCUUGGACUUCGUUACGUUGGCUCUCCCUUUGAGAGAGUUAUCCCAAAUGGACCUCUGGCGCAAGAAGAAGAUCCACAUAUGUAUCAUGUUCAGCGUCGGUUCUUUGCUGACGAGAAAACCUGAUAGCGUCACAAUCGUUAGCAUUCUCCGCCUCCAAUCACUACUCAAAUUUGCUAAAUCACGUAAUUUUACUUGGGAUUACGUCGAAAUGGGCUACUGGAGUACAAUUGAGGUCCACGUGGGCAUCAUCUGCGCAUGUAUGCCAGCAAUUCGAUCACUCCUUCGAAGACUGUUCCCCAGCUUCUUCUCCUACACGCAACACCAGAAAUCAGGCACAUUCGGUAAUAGCUCAUCUCAUGACGAGUCUGUAAUGCGCAACUCGCAGCCUCCAAAAUCUGAUUUUCAUGAGUCGGACUCGUUGCCUCUCGUCGAUGUUUAUAAUUCUCGACCGCAGUACAGCUACUUCCACGCCAAGUAA